GAGGGUUUAUUUACUAACUUUCAGUACCACGCCCCGGCGGCGGAGUCAGUUUAGAGCUGACGUCGGCGAAAUGAAAUCGGCUUGCUGCAUUUUUCCUCACAGAAUGGAAGUAGUCGUGGAGGUGAUACGGACUAAACUCGCUUGACUCUCCAGGAUAUUGAACCCGUUUUCCCUUUUCUCUGAGUAUAAGACAACCUUUACAACAAAGCCAAUCUCUGUGGCUGCUCAUCUUAUAUUGCACCCGUAUGGACGAUGAGGAGGAUGAUGUGUUUGAGCCAGACCCCCACUGCUGGCGCACCACAUUCAGGGAGAUAAAGUGUGAAGACCGGGGAACACAGACACCUGGCCCUGCCCUGGCAUUGAACAACGGCAUGCUGCCCUGUGGAGUCGCAGAGGAGCCCAGACCACUCUUCUACGGCAACGCAGGUUUUCGAUUGCACUUCCCGGCACACUUUGAGCUUGUUGGGGAUCAGGAAGCGAGGGGACAAGAAAGUGAAGGGGAGCAAAACGGGAUGGAGCAGCUUCCCCACCAGCAACCUGUGGCCCGCAGUGUGGAGGCCUGCAUUGGCCAGAAACUCCAGCUGAUAGGAGACCAGUUUCACCGGGAACACCUACAACUGUGUGCUGUGGAGGCAACUGGCAUGAAGGAUGCCUGGCCUCAAACAACACAUUACACUAUGGUCAGGGUGACACUGUCCACUAAGUCUGUGUGCUGCAUAAAGUUGCUUUGCUGUGGGGGUGUUGUAUGACCGUGAGACACUGUUGUUCCAUUGGCUGUUAUAUCAAAAAUAUACACAAACCCUCAGGAGAUUUUCUGCAGAGUCUCUUGUUGCACAAGUGGUUAACAGUCUAACACCUAUUUAGUCACAUGUGCACUUUUAAACACACACAUCCACACAUACUGAUACGUCCAGGAAAAAGCAGAAGUGGCGGGAGAAGGUAAACAUGUUGUAACUCGAAGCUCAGCGCGUGAGCCUCCAGGGGGACAGCUGUGGUUCCAGGGAGUCACCAGUCAGCCCCUUCCCUCAGCAAGGAGCACAGGAGACACCCAAAUAAGAGGUCUACGCCGCCCUAGAGAGGGGGGGUUGGGAUCCAUAAUGAUACACAUAUACAGUAAGAAUUUAUAUUAGAGAAGGAGGUUUGAAAAUUAACCUCGAGUGAUCAAGUAACAACUUCAGUUGUCUUUUGGGAAAUGGUACCUCCCUGCACAUAAUAUAGUUCUUUUUUUUUUUUUACUUCAUACUCUGAAGUGCAAGACAGUUUCUGAUUUUCUCAUGCACUUAUGAAGUUAUUUAUACCCCUGCAGCUCAGCAUGACUCAUGUAUUGUGACACUGGCAAACAGAAAAUCAGACAGGAGGGUUUUUGUGAUGUGUGUGUGUGUGUGCGGCUGGGAUCUACUGACGCACGACGGUGGCUGGCCUGGGUCAGGGGAUGAGGAAGUGGCUUGUGCUCCUUUUGCUGGUUGAGUAAACAGCAGAGAGGACAGUCAGAGUGAGAAUGGCCCUGUGAAGUCAUAUCCUAAAGAUACAAGUGACAGGACACAUAUACACUGAUAUUAUGAUAGUGAAUGAGCAAUUAAGACAAUAAUAUUUUGGCCUCAUGAAGAGUAAGGGGACUUUAAAUGCUAACUUGUAUAGAGACCAAUGUAACUACUGUUGACACAUGGAGCAUACAUUCGUUUCUGCCAGUGUGUAUGAGUGAUCAGGAUCUGUGUGACUGGCUGUUGCUGAGGGAUGUUUUUACAACCAAAACACUGAUGUGCGGUUUUGGAUGUGUGAUUCCACUGCAGCCUCUGUUAUUGCUAUUUCAGGCACUGGUUGUGCAAUUAAUUGCAUUGUGCGUGCAUGUGUACAUGCUCAUGCAUGAAUACACCCAUACUUGUUUUUCUGCAUGUUAGUAUCUCUCACUUCUCACUAUCACACGGUCUGACAGUCAGUACAAAAACUCUCACUCCAUAAUGGUGUUACUGUGUGUCAGGUCUCAUUCCUGUCUGCUCCUGUCAGUAGGUGAUUGCAGUUAUUCAGUGCAGACACUUGUCCCUAAGCCAUUCAAGUGCCUUUGACUGCCAUCUUCCCGAUGGAUUUGGGAGUAAUGUGGCUGUGAGUGUUCUCCAUAGGAGCCUGUGGCCCCUGGCGAAAGGAGGGAUUAGAUAGCGAAGGAGUGCUGGUGGAUGCUGACAGAUAAAUUGCUCCUCAGUCAGAGAGGGCUGGAGGGGAACUGGA